CGCGGGCGCGCAGGCGCAGUGCCACUCGGCGGGAGGCUCCCUCACGCAAAGCGGGGCAAGAUGGCGACCGAGUCGUGUGAGGCGGCGGCGAGCAGCCCGGGCUCCGGAGCCUUGGCGGCGGGCGAGAGCGAGGAGGCCGCCCCGGAGGCCGCGGCCGUGGCCGUUGAAGAGCUGCCUUCCAAGCCCGCCAGCAGCAACGGCGCUCCCGAGGAGGAGGAGGAGGAGGAAGCGGCGGCUGCGCCGGCGCCAUUGGAAGAAGGCUACACUGGGUCCAAUGGGGAGGCCACCGCGUCCCCGGUUGUGGCCACUGCCACGGCCUGCCCGUUGCUGAUGCCGGAGCCCAUGAAGGAGGAGGUGUCCUUGGCGGUGCCGGAGCUGGUGACGCACUUGGCCCAGCACCCCCCGCAGGAGGACCUCUCAAUCACCUACCCACUGGACUUUGAGCGCUACUGGCGCGCCGCCCAGGACAACCCCCUCGACUUCACCGCCUGGACGGACCUCCUCCAGUACGUCGAGCAAGAGAACCACAUCUAUGCGGCCCGGAAGGCCUUUGACAGCUUCUUCCUGCGCUACCCGUACUGCUAUGGCUAUUGGAAGAAGUACGCCGACAUGGAGCGGCGCUUCGACUUCAUCAAGGAGACAGAGGAGGUCUUCCAGCGCGGCCUGCAGUCCAUCCCGCUGAGCAUGGACCUCUGGAUCCAUUACAUCUCCUUCCUCCAGUCCUCCUUGGACAUGAACCAUCCUGAUUCGGCCCAGAAGAUUUGUGGGACCUUUGAAUCGGCCAUUGCCGCGGCUGGGGUGGACUUCCGCUCAGACAAGCUGUGGGAGAUGUACGUGGAGUGGCAGCGGGAGCAGGGCGACCUCAAGGCUGUCACCGGUGUCUACGACCGUGUCCUCAGCACUCCCACCCAGCUCUACAGCCACCACUGGGAGAAGUUCAAGGAGCACCUGAGCAGCCACCACCCGAGGGACAUCCUCUCCUCAGAGGAGCUGCUCUGGAUCCAGUCGAAGAUGGCCGCCGAUGCCGGGCGGAGCAAAGGCCUGGAGGGGGGGCCCGAGGAGGAGGAGGAGGAGGGGGAAGAGGAGGCCCCGCCCCCAGGGGAGGAGCUCCCACCCCCCAAGAGGGAGGCCCCCCCGCCCAUGGAGGGUUCCGGACAAGCGGGACACGUGAUGGGUCCGAUGGAUGAAGACAAAAUCCUGGAGAUGUCCCUCUCAAUACGGCAGCAGAUCUUCAGCCAGAACGAGGCCGAAGUCAGCAAGCGCUGGAACUUCGAGGAAGGGAUCAAGCGGCCCUACUUCCACGUCAAGCCCUUGGAGCGAGCGCAGCUGCGCAACUGGCGCGAGUACCUGGACUUUGAAAUAGCCAACGGGUCCCACGAGCGCACCAUCGUCCUCUUUGAGCGCUGCGUCAUCGCCUGUGCCCUCUACGAGGAGUUCUGGAUCAAGUACACGAGGUACCUGGAGAGUCACAGCGUGGCCGGGGCCCGCAACGUCUUCCAGCGCGCCUGCUGCUACCACCUUCCCCGGAAGCCCACCAUCCACCUCCUCUGGGCCGCCUUCGAGGAGAAGCACGGGGAGGUGGAGGAGGCGCGGCGCAUCCUGCGCACCUUUGAGGAGUGCGUCCCGGGCCUGGCGAUGGUGCGCCUGCGGCGGGUGAGCCUGGAGCGGCGUCAGGGCAACAUGGAAGGGGCGGAGGCGCUGCUGGCGGCCGCCAUCCGGGAGAACGAGGGCCUGCCCGUCUCCUCCUUCUACUCCGUCAAGCUGGCCCGACAGGUCCUCAAGGUCCAGAAGAACAUCACCAAGGCCCGCAAAAUCCUCCUUGAAGCCCUCGAGAAGGACCCCGACAACGCCAAGCUGUACGCCAACCUGCUGGAGAUGGAGUUCAGUGCGGACGUGCGCCAGAACGAGGGCCACACCAUGAGCAGCUUUGACCGGGCCCUGACCAGUGGCCUCCCCCUCGAGACCAAGAUCAUCUUCUCCCAGCGACGGGUCGAGUUCUUGGAGGACUUUGGCUCCAGCAUCCACAGCUUGUUGAUGUCGUACGACGAGCAUCAGAAGCUCCUGAACCAACAGAUGCUGAGGAAGAGGCUCCUGGAAAACGGGAGUGCCGAGGAGGUGGACGAGAAGCGCCUGAGGCUGGAAGAGGCCGGCGGAGGCAGCCUGGCUGUGGCCACGACCGGCAUCACGCCCUUGAUGGCCGCGGACGUGGGCAACAGCGCCACUGCCACCGGGGGGGCCUACAACUACAGCGCCUGGUACCAGAAUUACAGCAACUACGGAUACCAGAAUGCUUGGAACUACAACCAGUAUUACCAGCAACAAACUUGAGAACAAAAUCCCAAAGACCUCCUUGGCUUUCGACCCACAAAUAAGCAAAAAACGAAGUCGCCCUGGCACAAAAUGGAGCAAAAUGGACUUUCAAUGACUCCCAAGCCCUUCAGAGGCGGGACUUCCUCUUUUGUACAUUUCCCCUUCCGUCUGUUUCAUAUGUAAAUAAAUCGGAAUUUGAGAAA